UGGCGUUCGAUGAAUCGGUUGUCAGAAAACAGGUUUUUGUCAUCGUAAGAAUCACUGGCUUUAUCCUCCUUACAAAGCUGCCCUACCCUUUCUAGUUCUGUCAACUCCAGAUUAAACUUUUUCGUCUCGAAAAUGGCUUCCGCCCCAGCAGAAUAUGUUUUCUCAGCCGUCGCAGAUGGAACAGGCAACGGUGAUUGGAGAAGGAAUCGGAAGCAGCAGGCUGGUGAGAGCCUUAAACCUUCAACAAAGUACAUUCCAAAGAAAGGAAGACGGUCGAAAAUGAAUACAAGACAAAAUAAUUGCGAUACUCACCUCCUUAAUCCAAGAAAUGAGAGACGCAGCAUUGAGCAACAUGGGGGCAGCGUAAGCCGUCUCGAGAAAGAAUGCACAUAUGCCCUGCUUGAACUCUACAAAGAGGAUGAGUGUCGCGCAAACGACAUGGAGGUUGCCAUGGUGUUGUCAAACAUGUCGUGCAAUCGUAAAUAUGAUUCUAGAUUAAAUACAAUGGAGUAA